AAUUUAAAUUAUAUAUUUAUGAACAAAAUCGAGCUAAAACGUAAUAAAUAAGAAAGUGGCUAAAGAAGAGAGAAUAGUAUGAAAACAUCUCCAUAUCGUGAAGAACCUCGCAUUUUAAAGUAACGUUUUCUAUUACUUCCAUCCGAUCUUAUUCGUGUCGUAGCAUUAUUUGGUGGUGACUUUUGAGAAGGACUCCUCCAAAAAGGCCUCUACGCAUUAACAAACAUUCACUUGGCUUCCCCUGGUGAAGAGGGAAUUGCUGACUGAGUGAUAGGUUUUGGUUUAUUCUGGGAUUUGUUAUUGGACACAAUAGGUUUUGGUACUUAGGUAGUUUUUCCUUGUUUAAAAAUUUGUUUAUUAUCUCUGCUUUGGGUUGUUUAUACCACAACAUCUAAACAGCAAAAAUGUUCAAUGUCAGUUGGGAUAUAAAAACUGCAUCUCCCGCUACUUCGAAAAAACAGGGAAAAAACAAUGCUUCGAAAAAAAGACCACAAAAACGGAAAAGAUCAAACAAUUCUGAGGAGAAAUCGACGAACACAGCCCAAGAGAAGUCUCUUGGAAAAAAGAAGUCCAACGGUCGAAAGCCAGAUGAAAAGAAACCAGGGAAAAAUGAUGCUGAUGUGAAAUUGGCAAAGUCGACAAAGACGGCCCCUCCAAAACGGCCAAAGCUGACAUCCCUUCAGCAGAAAAUGAAAGAAAAACUUGAUGGUGCUGCUUUUCGCUGGAUCAACGAAAAACUGUACACCACGGAUAGUGCAGAUGCUGUAAAGCUUUUCUCGGAACAUCCCGAAAUGUUCCAUACUUAUCACACUGGUUUCCGACACCAAGUGGAAUCUUGGCCCGAGAAUCCAGUAGAUAUAUUCAUUGGCUUUAUCAAAGAACAGUUUUUUGAAGACAAAAAACGAGAUGUCUACAUUGCCGAUCUAGGGUGUGGAGACGCAAAAAUUGCACUUGAAUGCGCUUCAAUGAAGCAUAUACACGUCUCUAGUUUCGACUUGGUUGCCCAUAACGAACGGGUGACGGCUGCUGAUAUUGCUCAUUUACCAUUGGAAGCAGGGACGAUGGACGUUGCUAUAUUCUGCCUGAGUCUUAUGGGAACGAAUUUGGAUACUUUUCUUCGUGAAGCACACCGAGUACUCAAACCUGACGGCGAGCUUUGGGUGGCCGAAAUCAAAAGUCGGUUUACGGAUAAGCGCGGAAAAGUUUUUGGUGAAGAGCUUACAAAAGUCGGGUUUGAGUUGGAGCAUAUGUAUGAGGAGAACAAGAUGUUCACUCUGUUCCAGUUCCGGCGUGUCGAGCAAGGUGAGACAGAUACUUUACCUGUGCUUUUAAACCCUUGUAUUUAUAAAAGGAGAUAACCUGGUCCCGGUGAGCACAGAUGAAGAUUUGAACUCAUUAGUGUCUGUAUCCAAAACUCGAUAUCCUGUGAUCAAACAAGACCUGAUGGUUUUGUUCGGCAUUUGUUAUAUUCGGAUAUGAUAUUUCUUUUCUAUUCUAUUCUACUUUUCUAUUCUUCUUUUAUUCUUCUUUUAUUUUUAUUUUUUUUAAUUGUAUUUCUACUUUGGGAACGGUUUUAUUAUUUAGACAAAUAUAUGUGGAAUAAGUCAAA